UGCCAAGCUCUCUAUACCAUUGACUUCAACUCUCCAUGUCCGGUGGUCAUGCGGUACAGAAUUUACUGCGAUGGCUAAGAACCUUUGACGCCGCUUCUUCCGUGGAGUCUGUGAAUGAUAUAGCUGAUGGCGUUAUCCUGGGGAAAGUUCUUCUGGCAAUCUCCCCAAAACACUUCUCACCCGAAUGGUUGGGUCAGCUACGCACAGGAGGACACAUCACACCCAGCAUUAAAAUCAAGAAUUUGGAACAUAUCGCAUGUGCGGUUGAGACGUUUCUGGCUCAAGUCCCCGAUGAAUCCAUUCUCGUGAGGCCGCUACCAAACUUGGCUUCGAUAGCCGAGUACAACGCAGAAGAUGAAGCAUUCCGUCUGCUUCAGCUUGUUCUCGGCUGCGCGGUCAACUGCGAGAAUAAAAGCACCUACAUAGAGGCUAUUAUGCACCUGGAAGAGUCUGUUCAACACGUGCUCAUGGAAGCCAUCCAACAACUGAUGACUUCAUCCGUUCGCCUGAACACAGCAACAUUAGAUGUCUUUCAGACUAGUGGAGACGGCCAGUUACUCUCGGCUGUGGACGAGUGCAAACGUUUGUCUUUUCAAAAAGAGGCCCUCGCCCAACAAUGUCAUGAACUGGAAAAGCUGGUCGAAACUCUACGAGGAGAAAACACCAAUCUUCAAUUGGAACUGGACCAAGCGCGUUGUGCUCAGAAUCAGACUAUCAGAGACUCCACCGAACACGAUAUUUCGGCCAAUCUGCUCCUCUCCUCCGCGGAGACCGGCUUACCCGUGCCGGCAACCGAAAUCCCAAUGAGUCCGACCGUCGCCUCGGUUCGUAUUGGUCAAUUACGGGAUCAGCUGACCAAACUGCGCAACGAAUUGUACCGCGUGGAAACCGAAAAAGAAGAAGUGAAAAUCAAACUGGCCGAUUCACAAACGACUGUUGAAGGACUGCGUCAAAAGUGCGAGCUCUUAAUGCGUAAAUCCGAGGAAGCUGUUCAUUUGAAAGACGAAUUAGACAUAGCUCGUGAGGAACUUGCCGCAGCUUCUCAUCUGACAACCACAAUGGACCAGUUACGCAAACGAGCGGACGAGGCAGUGGAGCUGAGAGUGCGUUGCGCCAAAUUGGAAACAGACAACAAAGUCCUGGUGGACCGUCUGGCCGAGUUGGAACAAGAAACACGCCUGACUGGUCAUGUGCGCUCACAAGCUGAAACCCAACGGCUCCAGGCGGCAGAUGCUCGUCAGGCGGCCACGCAAGCGAAUGCACGAGCGGAUGCGAUCGAAGCGGAAUUGCGUCGCGUUCGUGAUGAACUCUCGGCAACAAUGAGGGAAAAGACGGUAAUUUGUUCCUUCGUAUCAUCACUUGCCCUAUCAGGACACCAUGUUUUCCGUUCGAUUUAUUAUUUUCAUAGGAUCUUUUCCAGAUAAACCCC